UUCAAGUCUCAGCCUCCUUCAACUCUUCAUCACCCUUCAAAUUUCUAACAAGUAAAGAAUUCACCCACUGCAAAAACCAUAUAUACAUUACAUAGACAUAUAUAUAAGCAAUUAAGCACCACCUUCAUUUUCCCUCCUCUCUCUCUCUCUCUCUCUAAGUUUUGUUUCUCUCUCUAAACAUAUGGAACUUUGUCUUAGAACAGUUUUCACUGUGCAAUGUGUUCUUGGAGUUGUUCUUUCUUUAUCAGGGAUUACAUUCGUUGAAUCACUGGGUAUUAACUACGGUCAAGUUGGCAACGAUUUGCCACCACCAAGCAAAGUUCUCCAGCUUCUGAAAUCACUAAAGGUCACAAAAACUCGAAUCUAUGACACGAAUCCCGACGUCUUAAACGCAUUUGCUGGUUCCGGGGUUGAGCUGAUCGUAACAGUGGAGAACGAGAUGCUCGCGACAUUAAUGGACCCGCAACAAGCGUUACAAUGGGUGACUACGCAUAUAAAACCAUAUCUUCCCGCGACUAAAAUUACAGGAAUUGCAGUUGGAAACGAGGUGUUCACUGGAGAUGACAUGACCCUGUUGGAUAAUUUGGUCCCAGCAAUGGUUAGUAUACAACAAGCUUUGACUCAAUUAGGGUUGCAACAAUAUAUUCAAGUGUCCACCCCAUCUUCAUUAGCGGUUCUUGCGAAUUCGUACCCACCAUCGGAAGGGAUGUUUGCACCCGAGCUCACAACGAUAAUGACACAACUGUUACAGUUUCUUUCGAUGACGAAAGCGCCAUUCUGGAUCAAUGCAUACCCUUAUUUUGCUUACAAAGAUAGCCCUGACAAAAUUUCUUUAGAUUAUGCUCUUUUCAACCCGAAUUCGGGCAUGAUAGACCCACAUACUAAUAUGCAUUACGACAACAUGUUAUAUGCUCAAGUAGACGCGGUUAUAUUCGCAAUGGCUCAGUUAGGGUUUGGUGGGAUUGAGGUUCGGGUCUCGGAGACUGGGUGGCCAUCAAAAGGUGACCCGAAUGAAGUUGGGGCAACACCACAAAAUGCUGCUAUUUACAAUAGGAAUUUGUUAAAAAGACAGAUGAGUGGUGAAGGGACUCCGCUGAGGCCGAAAAUGAAGCUCGAGAUUUACGUGUUUGCUUUGUUUAACGAGGAUAUGAAGCCCGGCCCAACAUCCGAGAGGAACUACGGGUUCUAUAAACCUGACGGAACGAUGGUUUAUAAUGUUGGGCUGACGGCUUUAUCAACAAGUACAACAUCUUCGCCUUCGAUCUCGCUUACUUCCAUGGCUACCAAGAAAGGAAGAUCGGGUCAUCACCAACUCCUAGUGUACUGGAUUUCCGUCUGCUUGCUGGCAAUGGCCAUAUAGACGCUGACAUUGCUAGUCGGCUUGAAAGCCUAUUAUGUACAUACACUAAACGCUCUUUCGCCCUCUAAGCUUCAAGAUCAUCAACACCAUUGAUAUGUGGCAAAAGCGUCGGUCCUGGUUUAACUGGAGUACAUGUCUUGAUCAAUUCAUCUUCUUAUAAACUAAUUAUUCUUUUCGUGACGGUUAUAUGUUGUCAUAGAGAACUAAUUAAUUAGUAGUUAAGAAUUGUUAGCAAAUUCGCUAGUGAGAAAGGGACAUAAUUAGUAUUAGUAUAUGAUUAACGUAUGUGUGUAUAUGUAUUUUAGUACUUAAUUAGUUUUUACUUUUUAAUAUAUUGAAUGAAAAAUUAUUAUAAA